UUUAUGACAAAAAUCCUAUUAAUUUUUGAAAAGUUAAACAAUUGAUUAUCAUUUUAAUUAAUUACAGGAUCAUGAGAUCUGGAGGAACAAAGAAAAUCGUUACUGACCAUACAAUUAUUUCAGAGAGAAAGGCAAGAAAAUCUUUACAUCUUUUACAACCAGCAGCAACAGAUAAAGAGAAUUUAGUUGGUGCUGGAAGGCAUCUUCGCUCUUUGAGUACAAGCAAACAAAUAAUUAAAAAUGAAAUAUCUGAUAUGAUGAAGGAAGAUAUUAAUAAAAUUUUCAAUAAAACUGUGCUUGUAAAAAGAGAUAGCUGUAAGAAAGUCAUUGAUAAACAUAAUAUUGAGUGUAAAAAAUUACAAAAUGAUUGUAAAAUGCUUAAUGAUAAGUACGUACAAACAGAAUCUAAUGAACAAAUUGAAAUUUUCAAUAAAGACCUUUCUUCAAAACUUGGUCCUAGUGAAAAUUAUUGGGAACUUUUGGCAGAAAGGAGACGUAUUGCAUUGCAUGAUGCAUUAGCAGAAAACCAUAUAUUAACCGAUCAAAUUUGUAUUUACAAAGAAAUGCUUGAUGAAGCUAGGGCACUUGUUGAGGUGCUUAAGGACAUGCUUGGUAAUGAUAAAAGUAAUAUCAAUAUUUCAUUUGAAGAUAGACAUUGA